AUGCAUGACAUAAGCGGAAUGAGUGGUAUGCACGACAUGCACGCCAUGGAGACAGUGGCGGAGAAGGUUGCUGUUGCAUCCAACUCUUUUUGCGAAGGCGACAUGGGGAUGGUAAUGUACAUGGACGGUUUCAGGUGGACGCUUAAGGAAGAAGGAAACAGCUGUCUCAAUCUAUAUUUUGCCUCAUGGACAUUGAACAGCAAAGGGAAAGUGCUUGGAGCAAUGGCUGCAGUUUUCUGUUUGGCUGUCUUUACUGAAGCCAUCUCUAAAAUGCGUCACAAACUUUCCUUGCGGGCAAGAGAUGUUUCAACGCCUUUGCCAGAACGGAGGAAGAUCGCUAUAUUCCAAACACUGCUGCAUGGAAUCCAUGCCUUCAUUGGUUAUAUUGUUAUGCUGGCCACUAUGACUUUCUCAUUGGAACUACUCUGUUGUGUAAUUUUUGGAAUUACAACUGGAUACUUUGUGUUUGGUGGUGAGAGUUACAGUCAUGUUUCGACCAAUCCAUGCUGCGCAUUUUUGGAGGAUGAGGCACAGGAGCGAACUUUUACCAGGGAAUAUGCAGCAGAAAAUGCGCGGGCAUUGAUGUCAUCAUUACCCCCAGAGGCUGGAAACUGCUGCAGCAGCGAAUUAAGGACCGAUACCAACUCGUCUCAAGAGUUUUCUUCCCUGUCAGCACCCGGUGCAGGUGACCAAGCCUAG